UUUCUCUGAUAAAUCAUGAAAAGCCAUCUCUCAGUUUUUCCAUGGUUUGGCUUGGAUAUUGGUGGAACCCUGGUUAAGCUGGUUUAUUUUGAACCCAAAGACAUCACUGCUGAAGAAGAAGAAGAAGAGGUGGAAAGUCUUAAAAGCAUUCGGAAGUACCUGACCUCCAAUGUGGCUUAUGGGUCCACAGGUAUUCGGGAUGUGCACCUGGAGCUGAAGGACCUGACUCUGUGUGGACGCAAGGGCAAUCUGCACUUUAUACGCUUUCCCACUCAUGACAUGCCUGCUUUUAUUCAGAUGGGCAGAGAUAAAAACUUCUCGAGUCUUCACACUGUCUUUUGUGCCACUGGAGGUGGAGCGUACAAAUUUGAGCAGGAUUUUCUCACAAUAGGUGACCUUCAGCUUUGCAAACUUGAUGAACUAGAUUGUUUAAUAAAAGGAAUUUUAUACAUUGACUCAGUUGGAUUCAAUGGACGGUCACAGUGCUAUUACUUUGAAAACCCUGCUGAUGCUGAGAAAUGUCAGAAGUUACCAUUUGAUUUGAAAAAUCCAUACCCUCUGCUUCUGGUGAACAUUGGCUCUGGGGUUAGCAUUUUAGCAGUAUAUUCCAAAGAUAAUUACAAGCGGGUCACGGGUACCAGUCUUGGAGGAGGAACUUUUUUUGGUCUCUGCUGUCUUCUCACCGGCUGCAGCACUUUUGAAGAGGCUCUGGAAAUGGCAUCUCGUGGAGAUAGCACCAAAGUGGAUAAACUAGUUCGAGACAUUUAUGGAGGGGACUAUGAGAGGUUUGGACUGCCAGGCUGGGCUGUGGCAUCCAGCUUUGGAAACAUGAUAAGCAAGGAGAAGCGAGAGGCUGUCAGUAAAGAGGACCUCGCCAGAGCAACGUUGAUCACCAUCACCAACAACAUUGGCUCAAUAGCAAGAAUGUGUGCCCUUAAUGAAAACAUUAACCAGGUGGUAUUUGUUGGAAAUUUCUUGAGAAUUAAUACGAUCGCCAUGCGACUUUUGGCAUAUGCUUUGGAUUAUUGGUCCAAGGGGCAGUUGAAAGCACUUUUUUCGGAACACGAGGGUUAUUUUGGAGCCGUUGGAGCACUCCUUGAGCUGUUGAAGAUCCCCUGAUCACCUGGGGAGGGUUCCUGGAACAUUGCACAAUGGGACCUGUGAACUUUUGUUUUUUAAGAGACUUACUCAAUUUUAUGAUGGUGUACUACCCAAAUCAAAGCAAGGAAGGAUGAGUGUAUUUUUCUAAGUCAUCAAGAUAAAUCCUUAAAAAUUUUGUCGAAACUAGUAACCACUAAGGAAAGAUACAUAUAAAAAAAAGUGGACAUGUCCACGGCAGUGAGGAUUUGCUGUAGUUAAGUUGCUCUUCAGUAUAGCUUUGUUAAACCUGCCAUGUGUUUUUGAAAUUCCCCGUGUCACUUACUGGGAGCCACUUCAGGGGAGAGCUGUUCAGUGUUCAGCUGGCUGGUUUUGUGUCCUGUUGAACUUGCUAAAUGUAAGGCAAGUACUAUAUGUUGUAAUCUCAUCACAAUGUAGUCAGUAUAGCCUUGGAGAUCAUUAUCUGUGAAUUAACUCUGGUGUUCAUUUAGCCUCUGUGAACAUAUUGAAAAACAUGUUUUAUUUAAGGUUCUGCAAA